AUGGGCUUCCUGUUCUCCGCUGAGACAUGGACUCUCCUGGUGGCUCUCAUCACACUUAUAGUUUUGUAUGUCUGCUGGCCAUAUGGAACAUUUAGGAAAUUGGGCAUCCCUGGUCCCAAACCAGUCCCUUUUUUUGGCACCAUGCUGGCAUACAGAAAGGGAUUCAUCAACUUUGACGCAGAAUGCUUCCAGAAAUAUGGGAAAACCUGGGGCAUUUAUGAUGGCCGUCAGCCCGUGCUGUGCAUCACAGAUCCUGCCAUGAUCAAGACUGUUCUGAUAAAGGAGUGUUACUCUCUCUUCACCAAUCGCAGAAACUUCCGUCUGAAUGGGCCACUGUACGAUGCCGUGUCCAUCGCUGAGGAUGACCAGUGGAGGAGGAUCCGCAGCGUCCUCUCUCCCUCCUUCACGUCAGGAAGGCUGAAAGAGAUGUUUGACAUCAUGAAACACCACUCUGCUAACCUGAUCAGCAGCAUGAAAAAGAAGGCAGACAAGGAUGAGCCCUUGGAGCUGAAGGAGUUCUUUGGACCCUACAGUAUGGAUGUGGUAACCAGCACGGCCUUCAGCGUCGACAUCGACUCACUCAACAACUCCUCGGACCCUUUUGUCACUAACAUCAAGAAGAUGCUGAAGUUUGACCUGUUCAACCCUCUCUUCCUCCUUGUUGCUUUCUUCCCCUUCUUGGGUCCCAUUUUUGAGAAGUUAGAGUUUUCCUUUUUUCCUGCAUCCGUCACGGACUUCUUUUACGCCGCACUGCAGAAGAUCAAGUCUAACCGAGAGCACAGCAAACAACAGGGUCGAGUGGAUUUCCUUCAGCUGAUGAUCGACUCCCAGAAAAACAACGACCACAGCAAUGUGGAGCAGGAAAAAGGUUUAAACGAUCACGAGAUCCUCUCUCAAGCGAUGAUUUUCAUCUUCGCUGGCUACGAGACAAGCAGCAGCUCUCUCACUUUCUUGGCUUACAAUCUGGCGAUUAACCCUCAUAUCAUGGAACGGCUGCAGAAGGAGAUCGACUCCACCUUCCCCAGUAAGGGUCCUGCUGAGUACCAGGCUCUGAUGCAGAUGGAGUAUCUAGACAGUGUCAUCAAUGAGUCUCUCCGAUUGUACCCCAUAGCCCCACGUUUAGAGCGUGUGGCCAAGGCGACUGUGGACAUAAACGGUGUUGUGAUUCCAAAAGAUAUGGUUGUCAUGGUACCCACAUGGCCCCUGCACCGGGACCCUGAACUGUGGCCCGAGCCUGAGAAGUUCAAACCUGAGAGGUUCAGCAAGGAAAACAAGGAGAGUAUUGAUCCGUACACCUACAUGCCUUUUGGGGCAGGGCCAAGGAACUGCAUUGGGAUGCGAUUUGCCCUGGUGAUGAUGAAAUUAGCAAUGGUGGAGAUCCUGCAGAGGUACAGCUUCGCAGUGUGCAAGGAGACUGAGAUCCCCUUAGAGAUGGACAUCCAGGGCCUGCUGCAGCCAAAACGACCAAUCAAACUGAAGCUGGUGCCACGUUCUGAACCCUCCAACUAAAAUAAUCAACAUAAAGGAUCAAUCAUUUUAACUAUGCUGUAUAGAGACCUAUUGUGAACAAACACUAUGUCCAUUUUCAUCAUGGUAAUAGUACAGAUGUGUGUACAUCUGAAUAGAUCACCUCUCUUUUUUGUUCCUGUCAAAGCUUUUUUUAGCUUUCAUUCAAAACUGAGUGACACAUGAAUGAUUUGUAAAGCCUGUGUUAAUAAUAAAGGAUAGUUUGGAUUUUUCUCA